AUGGCCCCUCAAGUUGCGUCCGGAAUGCCGAGUAAAGAUGGUGACCAAAUCUCUCCUGUCGUCCACCUUGAGGACAACACGGCCAAGGGCGAAUGUUUCGACAAGCCGAGAAUUACCAAGCCUAAGCCUGAGAGCAUCGCCAACCUGAGCGAUGAGGAACUGGCCGCGAUGGAGAAAAAGAUGGUCCGCAAGGUCGACCUUGUGGUUAUGCCAAUCAUUGGCAUUCUCUACAUUCUGAACUAUGUCGACCGCUCUGGUCUGGCUGCUACCCACGUCUACGGCAUUACUGAGGAUCUCAACAUGUCUGAGACAGAUUUCGCUACCGCUAUUUCCAUCUUGUUUGACAUUUGCUGUAUGGCUGUCAUCUGGGGCGCUGUGUCGGCUUGCACUGCCGCCGUGAAGACGAAAGAAGCACUCUACGCCGUUCGAGUUGUUCUCGGUAUCGCCGAGGCUGCAUACUUCCCUGGUGCCCUCUACUUCCUCUCAGCAUGGUACAAAAAGGAAGAGCUGGCCAAGCGCAUCGGUGGUGUGUUCAUGUUCCAAGCUCUCGGGCAAGCUCUCGGCGGUUUCAUCGCCGCCGCCUGCCUGACGCUUGAGGGCAGACACGGCAUCGCCGGCUGGCGAUGGCUCUUCAUCGUCGAAGGUGUUGUGACGGUCGGCCUGGGCAUGGCUUUCGCCGUGGUCAUGCCCGAGUUUCCUCACAAUGCGCGCCUGCUCAACCCUCAGCAGCGCGACCUUGCUGUCUGGCGGCUUGAGAACGAACGCGGAUCUGCCGAGGUGCACGAAGAGGCCACUGCCUGGGAUGGUCUCAAGGCUGCUGUCUCGGACAAGAAGCUCUGGCUGCUUGUCUGGUGCGGUGGUAUGGGACAGGCCAUGGGCUCGGUCUUCAACUUCUUCCCUUCUAUCAUCGCCUCGCUCAAGUUCGGAAAGUACGAGAGCUUGCUGCUGACAGUUCCACCGUAUGUCGUCGCCAUGGUUGGAUAUUACAUUUGUUCAUUUCUGUCAGACCGCUACAACAAGAUUUACAUCAUCAUUGUUGUUAACCUCAUUGCCUCGACCCCGGUCUACAUCCUCGGCAUGCUGGCCCCCAAUGUGGGCUCUCGCUACUUUGCCAUGUGCUUGAUGCCAGUUGUCUCUGUCGCUCCUCAGGUCAUGCUGUACAAGACCAACGGCAUUCACAUGGCACGACCGGCCACGAAGCGCGCGCUGGGCAUGGCUCUGAUCAACGGUCUGGGCGGCCUGUCCAACGUGUGGACCUCGUACCUGUGGAAGGAUGGUGGCCCACAGUACUACAAGGCGUUUGGGACUCUUCUGGCCUGCGGUAUCGUCUUCCUCUUCUCCAUCACGGGCUACAAGUUCUGGGUCCGCCGGCUCAACAAGAAACUCGCCGGGACGGCGGUUCAGCAGGCAGAUGUCAUGCGCAAGCACCAUGUUUCUCAAGAGCAAGUCGACAUGUGUUGGCGCUAUGAUGGAUAUUAG